AUGCGCUGGACCACUCUGUUGUUGGCUGCUCCCAAGAAGAAAUUGCGUGGGACAGUAAUCUCAUGGCAUCCCUUCGAGCGCCGCGGUUCCAUCGUUUGCGCCGAGGAUCAGAAGACGUAUGCAAUUCCUAACGCUCGGGCCUUUGAGACAAUUCUACCGACGCAAAUACAUUCUUUAGUUGGAGCUCACGUCGAGUUUAUGGCAAUCAGUAGCGCGAGGGAAACCGAUAGCGUUAUCACACGCAACCGUGUGGACGAGAUCACUGCGAAAAGCUACAUGCAGCCCACUCCUGUGGACUUUCUUGCCGUCUUCCGCUCAGAUACACGGCAAGAGGAAAAAGAUACACCCAGUUCCCUUCGGGGAGGAAUGAAAGCUACAUUACCCGAACGGCAAGCGGUACCAACGCCAUUGCAACCCGAGUUGUUUGCUGGGAACAUUGUGGUGGACCUUGACAGUCUGUCAUUGCUCCCUGACAGCGACCGCAACUGCAACCGUAACCGUAACAGCGAUGCAGUGGACAUGUGGGAGGCUGAAGAUGGUAUUUUAAUGGGAGGCAUUCCAGCCCCGCUUGGCUUAAAGGACCUCCGAAACACCGUUGUACUGGACAGUGAUACUAAAGAAUUGUUACGCUUACGACGACGAUUUGGGGACGAGAAGAAGGCACGUGAAGAACUGGAGAGGCGGCGGCGGGAGCUGAAGGUUGCCGAGGCCCAAAAGAGGACGGUUUUAGCAACGGAGCAAACGGGAAUUGUGCUCGCGUGGUCCCAACUGUACCGUAGCGGAGUUGUGUUAUGCGAUGUGACCGCGCUCCCCGAUUCUCCAUCCUCCGCCCCUCUUGCAAUGGAGGGACCGGAGGGAAAUGUUUGUAUUAUACGCAAUGUAGAUGCUUUCGACACCGCACUCCCAACGGCUUUGGAUUUGGUGGGACGCAUUGUCACUUUUAAAAAGGUAACGUACACUGCACAUCCAUCAAAAGUGUUCGCCGAGAACAUUACUGUUUCGGGUGAAAUAAACUUUGAGGGGGCGCGUGCUAGCGCGGUUGAGGCUAAGGUGAAGGAGUCCGCCGAAGCGCACCAAGCGAAACGGACAAAGCAAUUCGGUACGCUGUUUGAUGAUGCGGCUGACGAAAGCGAUGAACCUCUUCCGUCUGGUCCGCUCUAUGGUGUGGUCACUCGAUGGAGCGGUGGACAGGGCAUUAUUGAAACGGGAAACAGACGUCUGUAUUACAUCCGUUCUGCUGCUGAUUUUGUGCAGCUUAUCGACCAGAAAAGCAGCUCUAUUCGAGGGGCUGUUGUGUGUUUUAAUGUUGAUCCCAAGGACCGCCGGAACGCCAAGGAGAUCAGCGUUCUUUCUUUGGCGGUGAGAGAUACGACUAGCACAGCUUCUACCUUGGGGAUACGUGACGUGGCGUUUGUGACUGACAGAAGUGUUUCUUGCGGCUCAAGCGGUGUUGAGUGUGCCGCUGUGGUAGCGGCACCUCCGGCUGCUGCAGCUUGGAUUGAAGGAAUGAUAGUCACGUGGUCACCACUGGAGGCGCAAGCUGUUAUUGAGGGGGAUGAUGGUAACCGGUACCUUAUACGUGAUGGGGAAGAGAAUAUUGUUGACUAUAAGUCACGUAGUCUGUUGCUGAGAAAAGGACGGCGCGUGAGGUUUACAUCGGAAGGUGUCACAGGUCGACUUGCGUCCAACGUUACUCUUCUCGAUGAGGAGGCGGAUGAAGCGACUAUAGCUGAGGCAGAAUUGCAUGAGCGCCAGAGUCGUCUUAGUGACGGUCACGGUGAAGAGGCCAUUGCGUCGCCCUUGAGUACGGCCUAUUGGAUAAGUCGUAUGGACAAGGUUGGGUACGACACUGCUGAGGUGAAACGGAUGCAAAACAAGGCCAUCACCUUCGAGGAUGACGACGAUGAGGACGACAAAUUGCUUGAUAGUGAGGACCUCUUCAAGAAGGAUCACUGGUUUAACGACCCACGGAAGAACAUGCGACUACCAAACAGUGAUGUGACAGCGGGUAAUCUCGCUCUCAUUGGUCCAGCGUCAAUGAUGAAUAUUGCAAUGAAGGCGCAUGAUCCUAAGAAGUUGGAAAAGAUGAAGAAUAAGUACUAUAAUCGCCUAACGGAACCAAUGAAGGAAUAUGCGUGGAAGCAAGCGAAGGAGCUCGCACCCAAGUACGAGAAGCGCAUCAAGGACGCUCAAGAGAAGGGUGAAGAGCCCCGGUUUUCCUUCUAUUAA